AUGACGAUGGUUAUUGAGAACCAGAACCGCCAGUAUGGCGGCGGAAUGGGGUUUGACAGUGUUUACCAGCAUCCGCACCACAGUCAACCACCGCAGUUCUCAGAUCCUUGGACCACCGCCCAUUCGUCAUCCCACUCGACGCCCCCCGUAUAUCCAGCUUCCGUGGGCAUCAAGCAGGACGAGACUAGCCGUCCUUCUCACAUCCCUAUGCCAUACUCGGUCUCUGUUUCGGCUCCCUCGAUCGUGGCAGGCAGUAACUACUCGUCCGCGUCUACGUCUGCGAGCUACCCGGCCCCCGACAUGAUGGGCCUUCCCCAUGAGAUCCCCCGGACCUCGUUCGACCAUGCUCCUGCCUACACCACAGCUCCCUCGAUCAGCAGCUUUGCGCCAGCCAGCUAUGCGCCCAUCAGUUACGCUUCUCCGGUUCACCAGGACAACCGCAGGAUAUCCCAUGCUGAUGCUUCCCGCGUUGCUUCAUCCCAAUCCACAUCAGGCCCGACAUUUGGAGACGCGCUGGAUGCCAGUCGCGGAAUGGUGGCUCUCAGCCAGGAUCUGACACCCCGAAAUAUCUAUGGGCCUCGAGGAUCUCGAGGCUCGGGCGAUUCCUACGGAUUCCCCCUAGCACACUCGGCUGGUUCGUCUAUCUCAUCUGCAGGCUCUUACCCAUACUACAGCGCGUCCGUCGCGUCGGUAGAGUCGUCUGUCACCGAUUACAGCUCAACAACUUCAGAGUCUUACGAAAAUGGCCACUUGUCACGCACACUCCCACGCCCGUCCACUCUUCUCACCGGCAGUGCUCCUCCGGGCCCUCAAUCGAUGAUGAGCCAGUUCAGUUCGAAAAUGCCGUCCAACACCCAGAAGAAGCACAAGUGCAAGGUGUGUGACAAGCGGUUUACCCGGCCAUCCUCUUUACAGACCCAUAUGUACAGUCACACUGGCGAGAAGCCAUUCGCUUGUGACGUGGAAGGCUGUGGUCGACACUUUUCCGUUGUCUCUAACCUCCGUCGCCACAAGAAGGUCCACAAGGGCGGGAAGGAGGGAGGUUCAGGCGAUGACGAAGAGUAAUCGUUUCAAUCGACCUGCCCUAUCCUGAAUACCCUGGCCACUAAACCUUCGCCUGGAGUGAAGGAUUGUGUACGAUUCGGCUUUCGAAUUCUCCACACACAU